AUGGACUUGGACUAUUGCCACAUGAUGACAGAUCUAAAGCUCGACGAUGCUCCAGUACACAGCCGAACUGCCAAUACGUACAAGGAGCUUCUAGAUGCCACUUUUCUGCCUCGUAGUGCCUCAAUCUUCCAACCAAGACCACUCCUCGCCAUCCGAGACUCGGCAACUCGCACUACCUUCAAUAUGGACAACUUUGCUCGCUUCCAUUCACCAGCUCAACGUACAAACAAUUCUUCAUCCAAUCUCCCGUCGGUGCCUGUACAUAUCCUAGACGCCCCCGAUUUUCGCGAUGAUUUUUACCUGAAUCUUAUGGACUGGGGCGAAAAAAACAUCCUCGCAAUCGGAUUAAAUCAGAACGUGUAUUUGUACAUACCCACGACCGAGGAGAUCCAAACAAUCCACGCUUGCACGAACCCAACCGACUACGUCACAUCCGUGAAAUGGUCGAGAAAUGCAGGUAUGACGUCUCACCUUGCGGUCGGAACUUUUCAAUCUGAACUACAAAUUUGGGACGUUGAAGCAAUGAAACAAACACGAUUGAUACGUUCGCAUAGAGCGCGUAUCGGUUCGUUGGCUUGGAAUAAAACACUAGCAUCGGGGUCUCGAGACUCGACAGUUCACCUGACCGACGUCCGCUGUACUCAGUUCAUCAGGAAGCUUGCUCAUCGAGGAGAAGUGUGUGGCUUAGCGUGGUCUCCGGACGGUGAAAUGUUGGCUUCGGGAUGUACCAAGAAUCAGUUGAGUAUUUGGGACCACACUAUGUUAAACUCAAGUGCGCGAUCGAUGCAUAAGCAUUGUGCUCCGGUACGAGCGUUGGCUUGGAGUCCGUGGCAACGUCUUGUCUUGGCUUCGGGUGGGGGAACAGCAGACGGCACGAUCAAACUGUGGCGUACAACGACUGGGAAGUUAAUGCGCUCUGUAUCGACAGGGUCGCAGGUAUGUGCGUUGGCUUGGUCCACUACAACUCGAGAGCUUUUGUCGGCGCAUGGAUACGGCUCAGAUACACAUGAAAUCGCGCUGUGGAGAUUUAAACAAUUGGACAAAGUGCAUGAACUCACGGGUCAUAAUGCGAGAGUUUUAAACAUUGCCAUCUCGCCUGACGGAUCGACUGUUGUAUCUGCUGGAGCGGACGAAACUCUGCGGUUCUGGAACAUGUUUCCAUCGAAAGCAUCGAAUACUCGCUGGAAUGGAGAGUUCUUGAACUCUUGUAUUCGCUGA